CUUUGGCAUCGUGCUUCUGGAGCUGCUGACUGGCUCGAAACCAAUUCGCUACGAGUCGCACAUCAGAAAUUGGGCAAUGAAGAAGAUGGAGGAGUAUGCGCUGGAUGAGCUCAAGGACAGCAAGCUGGAAGCAAGCGAGGAGGCCAUAGUGGCCUUUGCGGACCUCGCUUUGGACUGCGUCAAGAUGCCGGGCACACGCCGGCCCGACAUGAAGGCGGUAGCUCACUCCCUCAGCGCCAUUAUUGAGAAGUUCUGCCCUGAGAAGGAGCCAUGCGAGUUCGUGGAAAACCUGUCAUCAUUCACAGGGAGCGAAAUCAGCCAGUCUGGGGCUCUCUCCAAAAUGUCUCAAGCGUCCAGUAGCAUCAAUCAGAGUGGCAGGUCCUUCAGUGGCCUUGGUUCCACGUUCCGUGGUCUGGGCAGCUGGGCGCAGUAUCGAUUCUCAGGAAGAUACUAA